CAGAGAUAGACAAGAGAGAGAGAGGGGGAGCAAGAGGCAGAGGGGGGGCAACAUGGAGACCGGGAGGCCGCUUUAGACUUUAAACUUGUUGAGUUUGACUCCAUCGGUACGAGGGGAUUCACUCACUGUUUCUGUUUAUUCCUUUAAUUCCCACGUUUAUCUGAUUGGUCAUAAAGCCGUUGAUCAGAGCAGGACCCCCUGAUGGCGGUCGUGCAGGCUGUGCUGCCCUCCUUCAGCUCCUUCUCUGACUGCCCCCUGCCCCAGGCCGAGAUGAAGUUGGAGGAUUUAGAUGAGGACCCUUUCACUCAGAGCGACGUCCUGUCGGACGGCGCCUCAGAACAGCAGCAGGCGCCCUGCUCCAUCAAAGAGGAGCUCCUGAACCACGACAGCGAUGCAUCCUGGGACAUCGAGUUCCUGCUGUCCGAGUGGAGCAACCCGUCCCCUGGGUUCUCCCCUCCUCUGGACUACAGCACCCAGCCCCCCCAGCCGGCGGACCAGAGCACCCUGUACCCCGAGGGCCACCUGUUUGACGCGCUGUCGCGCCGCGACGCCCCGCCCACGGGGGGCGGGGGCGGCGGCGAGCUCGGACCCCCGUCUCUGGCGGAGAGCUCGCUGUCGGCCGUCCCGGAGCUCUACCUCCGGGGCUACGGCGGGAACGACCCCGCGGGCCCGCCCUCGUACCCCGCCCCCCCGCACCCCGACCCCUUCGGCCUCGGCCAGGGGUCCGGCGGCAUGGGGGGUCCCGGCGAGGACAUGGGCCCCCUGGGCGAGGCGCUGGGCCCGUGGGACUUCGGCCCCUACCCCUCCCACUACCCCCAGCAGCAGCCGCCCCCCCUCCUCGCCACGCGGCCCUACCCGGAGGGCCGGUUCCUCCACCAGCACCACCAACACCAGCAGCACGCCAACCUCUACUACCACUACCCCCCGCAGCACGGGCAGGCCGGCGGCCAUUACUCCCUCUUGCAGCAAGGCAUCAUGGUCCGGGCGCCGCUGGCCAGAGGGUCCGGGGGCGGAGGGGGGGCGGAGGGGAGGCGGGCCCGCAGGGCGACGGUGAAGAGGAAACCCGCCGUCCACAGGUGUGAAUUCCCCGGCUGCAGCAAGACCUACACCAAGAGCUCCCACCUCAAGGCUCACAUGCGCACGCACACAGGGGAGAAGCCCUACCACUGCUCUUGGGACGGCUGUGGCUGGAAGUUCGCCCGCUCGGACGAGUUGACGCGUCACUACAGGAAACACACGGGGCAGAAGCCCUACGAGUGUGGGCUCUGUCAGAGGGCCUUCUCCCGCUCGGACCACCUGGCGCUUCACAUGAAGAGACACACCUGAGACACACACACACACAGGUGGGGUAUGUGUGGGGUCAUUUACUAGUUUUAUUCUCUCUCUCUCUAUCUCACUUUCUCUCUCUCUAUUUAUUUUUUUAUUUCUCUUUUUUUUUUCUCUCUCUCUCUCUCUCUCUCUCUCUCUCUCUCUCUCUCUCUCUCUCUCUGAAGGAUCAACAUUUGAACUGGGAGCUGAUGGGUAGCAGACAUAUCGAUGAAUACACUGUAAACUGUAGACACCUUUACAGCAGACGUAAACACUAACGCAGACCUCCCAGAAGGUAUGACGUAGGGAGGUUUGGAAAGGUUGUGUCUGUGGUUCAAGGUUAUGACCGAUCGCUGUCUCAACCCCCAGAGGGCAACUGAUAUCUUUGUUUCAUUCCCAUACACAGAACCUUUUUGAGUUUGAACUAAAAGUUACAACUUUUUACUUUAAGUCUUUUAUAAAUAUUGUUUUCCGUUAGUAAGCCACAGUAUAGCUAUAGCUAUAGUAGUAUGUGUUUUUUUUGCCUGCUAUUGUGUUAUUUGCCUGUUAAUGUAAAGUGAAACACUGUGCAUUGAUGUACUAGGGCGUGGUUGGGCAGGCCAUCAAUCAGACUACUAGGUUCAAAACGGACACAUUUACACUGGACAUCUGUAAAUAAGUAGACUUAUCAAUAUUAUCAGUUGUAAUAAAUUAAAUAUUUACAUAUUUAUUAGAAAUAUAUUUGAAUAUGUGUCUUCUUUUUUUUUACACUUUGUACAUUUGGCUUAUCAUGUUCAUGUGUUAAUAAAG